AUGCUUAAGUUAUGGUUGCGUGAGCCUCAUCAGAGUGAUGAUGAGUCGAUAAAACUUAUAAUUGAUGAGGAAACGGACGUGUCCGAUGUGCUUCUGAAGGUUCCUGAACUUCUUCGAGUGCAGCAGCUCAAACCUUCAGAGAUUCAGGCGGAGUACAAGGACAAGGUACUUUCCAAUCGUUUGGUUGUCUCGAGACUUUUUGAGGGAAGCAAAGAGGGCACAUUUGUUAUCCGCCCAAGGCCUGGUGUAGUUAUUGCCCCGAAUGAUGCAUGGAAGGAAUCCUCCGUUUCAGGAGUUCGUAGCUGCGAUAGAAAAAGUGUGCCUACCUCGGGUCGCACUAAAGGUCACCCACCUCCCUCACCAAGAAGAAAUCAAUUUGGUAAGAGUGCAAGCGCAACUUCUGACACUUUGAAAAGGACCGGCUCUCUUGGCGGAGACCGUGGAAGGCCUCCAGUAGCUAGAAGCACAAGUCGGGGAGCGACACCAACCCGAGUGGUUGGAGGGGGCACUCCGAGAGAUACAAAAGCCAAUAUCGCUGCGCACCAGAAUGAGAGAAACAUAACAAGUCGAGCAACAACCCCCAGGCGAGGUGCCUCCGUUCCCACAUCCGAUCGGCAACCAACGGUUCGUUCUCGGUAUAUGGACCCAAAAAACGUGACAUCUCGUUUUCGCCAAGAGGCCGAGAAAGUGCGAGCGCCUUCAAAGAGAAACCAGGUACAAGCUGUGUGUGACAGUUUUAAACCUCAAUGGGGAAAGCCUCUCUGUGCUACCUGCAACCACUCAAGGCAGGCACAUUGGGGAACUCAUAGGAGGAAAAACUCUGGAGUGGAAGCAAAUUUCCCAUCGGAGAUCGACGGCCCUGCAAACGACACCACACAGUUUGGGAGCGCCGCUCCAAAUGAAAAAGCAUUGACGGCAACAGAAACAGACAGUAUCCAAAAUAACAUGGUCGUUGCCAAUGCUGCAUCGUUAUUGGGGCAGGAAGAGUAUUAA